UAUAUACAUAUAUACCCGGGAAGAAAGAGGAAGAAAGAAAAAUGAGUCUCAAGUUCAUUCUUAUAGCUUUGCUUCUACUUUUAUGCAUCACAUUUUCCAAUUCGACCGUCGUUCCUUUUUCCAAAAACCGGAAAAUUACCAAUGAAGAAGAAGAAGAAGAAGGUAGAGAGAUUGACAUUCACAAAGGAAAGAAGAUCACCGUAAAAGUCAGCCGUUCGCCUCCUGCAAAAGGCUGGAUUUGUUGCAAUGAUUAACUAAAAGGAGCUAUGUGAACAUUUUCAUAAGAUCCCAUCCUUCAAUUUCUAUGAAGAUAAUAUCGACCAAGAUCAAACUUCAAAGCUUGAAAUUAGAAACGUGUAUUUGCUAUAUCUCAACCACUAAUUUAAGGGGCUUUCGGCCCAUUACACGCAUGGGAAGAUUCAAUUAUGUUGAUUUUGUAAGUUUUGGGGCUAAAGUGUAAAUUAUUGAAACUUGUAGGCUUGAUUUCAUUAUUCCAAGUUUCCACUUUUUCUCCUCCGCCGUAGCCGGUGCUUCUUCU